UCUUUAGAGUGAACAACAUGCUGAGCCUUGAGCAGCAGUAGUACUCUAAGAAGAUGUCUACGAGAAUUAUUGUGUUUCUGUUCGCUCUCGGAUUGAGUGCAGUUGCAAGUUUCGAUUUUCCAACUGGAAAACGAAUUUCAGAAAAGAAAUGUGACGAAUAUCGUAAGCUAACGGUAAAGACAUCGACCCUGAUAACGCUAUCCAUUCGUCCGACGGCAAUCAAGUACGAUGACUACAAGUGCCCGAACACGGUGGAUUUGAUUGUGGGGGGUGAAGAGGCACGACGAGGAGAAUUUCCUCAUCAAGCCCUGCUCGGGUACCCCUCUGAAAGUGAUCCGCAAAAGAUCGAAUUCAACUGUGGUGGGUCGCUAAUCAGCAAACGAUUUGUGCUUACAGCUGCCCAUUGUGGUGGUCGUGGCAGUCCUACAGUGGUGCGACUGGCUGAACUUGAUUUGGUUAUUGACGACGACGAACAGGUGGACUUCGAUGUGGAGCAGUUUAUCAAGCAUCCGAAGUACUCGUCUCGCCGAGCGUAUCACGAUAUCGCUCUGGUCAAAUUAGUACAAGAUGUCUACUUUACGAGAAUGCUGCGACCGGCUUGCUUGUGGACAGGAAGUUACUUGAAUAUGAGCACUGCAUUGGCAACCGGCUUUGGAAAAACGGAGUUCACUGGAAGCACUUCGGACAUCUUGCUGAAGGUACAGUUGGACAUUUUCGAUAAGAUUAAUUGCAGUAUCUACAACACAAAUCGAAAGCUGCCACAGGGUAUCAUCGACAGUCAGAUUUGUGUGGGAAGCCUUCGCGGUCCGCAGGAUACCUGUCAGGGCGAUUCCGGUGGACCGUUGGAAAUUGUGACGGACCAGCAGGGUUGCACGUACCAUUUAAUCGGCAUAACCUCCCUUGGGGCAGCCUGUGGGCUAGGAUCACCGUCGAUCUACACCAGGGUGUCGAGUUAUAUCGAUUGGAUCGAAACAACCGUUUGGGGUUCCGACGGGGGUGAUUGAAGGACACGCACGAUAAACUGAAUGGCUGCUGGUUCAUAGGUAGGGCAAGAUGGGACAAGAUGGAUUAAAGGGGGAAGAUGGGUCAGCUAUUAAAUUUAUUAAUUUAUGGUUUGCUUUUUCAAACCAGCAUUGGGGCUACAUUGAGCCUGUUGAAGUUGACAAUCAAAAAAUAUAA